CCGGGACGUGCAAUUCCGAAACUGGUUGUCAUGUUUUGUCAUAGCAGAAACACAGCCAACCGAAUUGCAAGAGCGAAUCAACGAUGCCUGGGCCUGUCUCACGCAACAACCCCUUCUCAUACUUCUAUUUUCCAAUUGUCAUCUUCAACCACGUGGUGGUAAGCGUGCAGGUGGUUCUACGAUUCUACGCACCUCGGCUAUAAAUAUUGGUGAGUGCCUUCUAGCGCGAAACCGAACACCGAAACUCCAACCCACCCCCUCCAGCGCAUCUGAUAGCGAACAUGCUAAGUCACGUUUUUCGGUCCCUACUGUCGAAUCGAUCGUCUCUACCGGCGUGUGGGGAUGAAACAACGCUGUGGAACAUAGCGGGCUGACCUCGACAUUCACUGUCGCGUUAAGAGGAUGGAUGCGUUAACACGACUACACUCAUGCAGCUACAAUCUGUGAGCGGUGAUUCUCAUCAGCUGGACCAGUGUGAUGGUUGAUCGUGGUCGCACAGUGUCGCUUAGUAUCUGUGCGGUACCAACCGAAACAGCAUCGCGCAACAUAACGCGCACUGCCCUUGAGAGAGGUGCCGAGAACAAUUCCGUGUGUUGUUGAACUUUGCGUGAGUGAAUUGAGUGAAAAUGGAAGCAAUAUCGGAAGCUCUACAACCGUACAAGGAACAGGUCGGAAUGGCGGCCGGCAUCCUUACGGUGGGACAGAUGUUUAGCGGUUGCUUCGUGUGCAACGACAUCCGGAAGAAAGGCACGACGGACGGAUUCUCGGCAAUGCCAUUCGUCGGUGGUUGUGGACUUACCGUUCUGUUCCUGCAGCACGGGAUGCUGAUGAAUGAUUCCGCAAUGACCAAUGCAAAUUUGAUCGGUCUCACGAUCAGUUUGGCCUACGCUUUAUUCUUCCUGCUCUAUACACCACCAACCGAGCGGUCAGGCUUUUGGCGCCAGGUCGGCGGGACGGCCCUGUUUACGAUCACAUUGCUUGGAUACGUUAAGAUAGAGAAUCCGGCAGUGGUAGAGGAUCGCUUCGGUAUGAUCAUCACUGUGCUGAUGCUGUGCCUUAUCGGACAACCGCUGCUCGGUUUACCAGAAAUCAUUAGAAAGAAAAGUACCGAAGGGCUUCCGUUCGCCAUGAUCCUGUCCGGUACGAUCGUUGGACUGAGUUGGCUGUUGUACGGUGUGAUCUUGAACAAUGUGUUCGUAGUGCUACAAAAUUUAGCAGCGGUUACGCUCAGCGGCAUUCAACUGGCACUGUUUGCAAUUUAUCCCUCGAAGUCGGCCCCACCCAGCAAAAAACGGGAAUGAGGCAAGCAUUCUUAGACCAAAGGAUUUAAAAUAUCAUAGCAAGUGCAGGAUGUUGUAGAGAUUUUCACAAUUUAAACUUAAAGCGCUAAUGAAAUUAGCAGCAAUUGCGUGAUUAAUGUUAAUAACGUAUGGAAAUUCGUUUACGAUGCAGCACAUUCAUCAAAGAAACAAAGAUGCAGGGAAAUUGUUAUAUGUAAGACUCCUAAAGCAAACGAACAACAAUGGAAAGUAUUAAAUAUUGUGCCCAGUCCAUCAUUCUGUGCCUUAAUAUUAAUAUGAAAUUUGUUACAUGUUACACAAUGUAUAGAAUAAAAUUACAAAUCUGAUAUGAAAACUUCA